AUGAAGGGUUCCUACUUUGAUCAGCUGCUGGGCCACCCGGAGCGUGAGGCCUUGAUGACGCAGUGUCCAGCCCUCGCACUCUUCUGCUACCAGGAAUUUGUUGCUGCCAUUCAAGGCAGAAGACGCGUGUUCGACCCCUUAUCUACGAGGGACGAGGUGGCGGUGCUCUUGUCGGCCGCAACUGUUUCUGAGGUUACCGCUAGAGUGUUUGCAGAGGUGGAAGAUGGUGCACCUGUCUGUCCCUUUUGGUGCACCCUCCGAGUGGCUUUAGAGUGUGCGUGGGAUCCUGUACAGAAAAGCGAUGACCAUUGGCGGCUCUACGAGGUAGCGGGAAAACCCCGUCUUUAUGGAAAGGCAAUGCCGCGAAUGCCGCUUGCGCAAGUCUCUUUGCAGAAUACAUUGGAGACAAGUCGGAAUGUGCUUCGCAUGACGACAACCUGUGCCCUUGCAGGAUCUAUUGAUCCGUGUGGAGAGAAGCGUGGACAGCCCAUUGCAGCCAUGUUGCAGUAUUCUCGUCUCGUUUCACCGUCGUCCGAAACGAACAAGAUUACCUCCGAGGGGUUGAGUUUUUGCAUGCAGCCCUUACAACAGCAAUGGUGGACGUUGGUUUCUGUGGCCCUGGAGCGCGUGUUGGUAUUGACGAGUAGCAAGGGAGUGACACGUGCCGAGCUGUGGCAAUUGCUGGCUGUUUUGUUUGCUCUUGAUACAAGUCAUUUUGUCUACAUGUUUCCCGAAAAAGAAAAAGACUUGGCCGCCUUUCAACUUUUGGCGCGUCUUUCUGAGGUGGGACUUGUGUAUCCGCUGCUCUCUGAUGGUUUUCGUUGCUUUGCGUUGUCACCUCAUUUUCACCAUGCACUUUGUUGGAGCUCCACGGCCCCGCUCUGCGCAGCUGCGCUGCUUGAUAGCGAAGGAGGCUCGUCGCAUCGUGUCCGUCGUGAGGAUGAAGACACAAUUAUUACCGAGACCAACUUUCGACUCUAUGCUUAUACAAAAAAUUUGGACCUUUUGAAUAUUCUUAAUCAGUUUGCAGAGAAGGAUGCCGAAGUGGAUCAAAUGAUUGCAUGUUAUCGAGUUACACGCAGAAGCUUUGCUGCGGCUUUGAAACGUGGUAUUGGUGCCUCGCAUAUCUUGCAGUUUCUUGCGGUGAAGGCGCAUCCAUCCAUGUGGAAGCAUUAUAGAGACGGUGAAUCCAAGGGGGCAUCAAACUCGGCUUUUUUAGGAGCUGGAAACCGCUUUAGAACUGCCUCUGAUGCCCAUAUUGAAGGGGUCAUUCCACAGUCAUUCUGCGACCAACUGAUGACGUGGGAAAAAGAGUGUCGGCGACUUAUUUUUAGUCGCGACCUUGUACUGCUUCGAAAUGUCAGCAGGGCUCAGCAUGAGGUGUUGUUGAACGCCCUUUCUUUGGGCGGGGAGGGGCAGGCAGUAGUACACCAGGAAAAUGGGUAUUUGGUGGUUCAACGUGACGCGUAUGAGCGUGUGUUGGCCCCUCUGAUUUCCACAGAGUAA